AUGGAGGCGCGCGACGAGUCACCAGAGCCCCGGGACGCCUUGGCCACACCCUUCACGGGGGCCAUAAUGGCAGAGCCCCUACCUCGGGACUUCCGAUUCCCGACCAUCAAACCUUACACGGGGGCGACGGACCCGCGGGACCACCUCAACCGGUACAAGGCAGUCAUGAUGAUGACAGGCGUUAGUGACGUCAUCAUGUGUCGCGGUUUCUGCACGACUCUGGAUGGGCAGGCCCAGGAUUGGUUCGGGUCCCUCCCGGAGGACUCCAUCCCCACUUUUGCGGUCCUGACCAAGAAUUUUAUGUCGCACUUCGCGGGCAGCAUCCAACGGCGGAAGCAGUUCGCCGACCUAUGUUACCUGAAGCAAGAUAAGUCGGAGUCUUUGGCGGAGUACCUGAGUAAGUGGAAGAAGGAAGCUAUGGGGGUGACAAAUUUUGACGAAAGGUCCGCCAUCCCGUUUUUCACCAACAACCUCAGGUCGGGUCCUUUGCACAGUGACCUUGUUCGAAACGAGCCAAAAACGUAUACAGAAUUGAUGGACCGUGCCUCGCGAUACGCCAACACGGAGGCAGCAGAGAAGAGGAAGAAAGAGGAGGAGGAAGGCCGCGGGAGAGGCGACGGGGCACCUCAACCUCAAGAGGACCGCCGCCCUCCCCGGUCACGCCGUGAUUGGGGUCCCCGACUAGCCCCGUUGCGACACCUGACCCCGUUGACGCAACCCGUAAGCGCCAUCCUAGACCACGCAGAGGACAUGGGCAUCGUGUCGUUCCCCGAGGAGUGCUUGAAGAUCUCCCCCAAGGCCGACCCAAAGAAGUACUGCCGCUUCCAUCGGCAACGCGGGCACGACACCGACGAAUGUAUGGUCCUCAAGAGGCAGAUCGAGGAGCUCAUACAACGAGGGUACCUGGGGCAGUACGUGAAGAGGUCCGGGCAGGACCACGCUAAGGGCCCCGACAACGCCCGGAAGAAGAAGGACGGCGCCGGGCCCUCUACCUCUGCCCCACGCAAGAGAGAGCUCGGCCAACUCACGGAGGACGAGGAGACCGAGCUGGACAGCCCGCCAAAGAAGAAGGUCAUCCAUGUCAUCUUUGGCGGCCCGGAGGGAGGAGACACGCCCGCUGAGAGGAAGAAGUGGGCUCGGAGCCUGUACGUAGGGGAGGUCGUCCGAGCACCCCAUGUGAAGAGGACACGCAGGGAGCCCAUAACGUUCACCGACGACGACUUCUCGGAUGGUCCCCCACCCCACCGGGACGCAUUGGUAAUCAGCUUAGAGCUCAAAGACAUCAAUGUCCACCGGGUACUGGUGGAUACGGGGAGCUCCAUGAACGUCAUGUACUAUGACACCUUCAUGCAGCUCGGGCUAUCCAGGAAGCAGCUUUCCCAGGUUCGGACCCCACUAUCCGGCUUCACCGGGGACUCCAUUGAGACGGAGGGAGCCAUCACCCUCAAGGCACAGAUCGGCACCCCACCGCACGUCAAGACAUGGGAGGUAGAGUUCGUGGUGGUGAAGAUCAGCUGCGCCCACAACAUCAUCCUCGGCAGACCUGCCUUGGAAGACCUCAGGUGUGUCAUCUCUAUGGAGCACCUCUGCCUCAAGUUUCCUACCCCCACUGGAGUGGGCAUCGCGCGAGGGGACCAGAAGGUCAGUCGAAGCUGUUACUUGAAGGCCUGUCACCAAAUAACGAGGAAGGACCUCCAGGUGCACACAGUAACCGAGAGGGCCCUCCGGGAAGAGGAGAAGCGGCCCCGCGCCGAACCCGUGGUGGAGACGGAAGAGGUCAUCCUGGACCUCAGCCGACCUGACAGGAUGGUGAAGGUGGGCACCGGCCUCCCAGCUGACCUCCGAGGUCGGAUUGUCGAGGUCAUCCGCAGCUACAAAGACGUGUUCGCCUGGGGUCCCGAAGACAUGCCAGGCCUCAGCCGGGAGGUCAUCACGCACAAACUGGCGGUGGACCCCAAAGCCAAACCUGUCCAACAAAGGAAGCGCUACCUCGCCGCAGAUAGACGGGAGUUUGUGAAGAAGGAGGUUGACACCCUCCUCGAGAUCGGGCACAUCAGGGAGGUCACAUACCCGGCAUGGCUCGCGAACGUAGUCCUCGCACCUAAACCACCUACGUGGAGGAUGUGUGUGGACUACACGGACCUCAACAAGGCAUGCCCCAUGGACCCCUUUCCACUACCCAACAUAGACCAGCUGGUGGACGAAACAGCAGGAUGCGCACUCAUGAGCUUCCUAGACGCCUUCCAGGGGUACCACCAAAUUUUCAUUCAUGAGGAAGACGAAGAAAAAACGGCAUUCACCACCCCCGAAGGGGUCUUUUGCUAUCGGGUCAUGGCGUUCGGGCUCAAGAACUCGGGAGCCACGUACACAAGAAUGGUGGCCAAGGUGUUCAAGAAGGUCCUCCGCCGGAACUUACAGGCCUAUGUGGACGACAUGAUUGUGAAAAGCACGGAGGCUGACCUACACACAGCCGACUUGACCGAGGUAUUUUCCAUCAUGAGACAUUUUGAUUUACGUUUGAACCCCAAGAAAUGCACUUUCGGGGUACACAGAGGGAAAUUCUUGGGGUACAUGGUCUCAAAGAGGGGUAUUGAACCCAACCCCGAAAAAGUCAAGGCCAUCCUGGAGAUGGAACCUCCGAGGUCCCUCCGCGAGGUCCAGCGCCUCAAUAGUCGGCUGGCGGCUCUCGAUCGAUUCCUCUCAAGGUCGGCCGAAAGGUCCUUGCCGUUUUUCGGGGUCCUCAAGAAGAACCAGGGGUUCGAGUGGUCAGACGAAUGCCAGAAAGCCUUUGAGGACCUCAAGACGUACCUCAUGACGCAACCCCCCCUAGCCAAACCGGAGAAAGGGGAGGUCUUGUACCUGUACUUGGGCAUCUCGCAGGCCGCGAUCAGCUCCGUACUGGUCCGGGAUGAUGCGGGAACCCAACGCCCGGUGUACUACGUGAGCAGAGCCCUCCGAGGCGCCGAGCUCAGGUACUCACCCACGGAGAAAGCAAUCUUCGUCGUGGACGCCACAGCCAAGAAGCUCGGGCAUUACUUCCAAGCACACCCCGUACGGGUCCUCACCAACCAACCCCUCGAGGCAGUAUUGAGGGCCUCAGGGUCGGCAAGCAGGUUGGUCAAGUGGUCCAUGCGGUUGAGCCAAUAUGAUGUCCAGUUCAAGCCCCAACCGGCAAUCAAGGGGCAGGCGCUCGCCGACUUCAUAGUCGAGUGCACCGCUCGCGAGGCCGCCGAACUAGCCCAGAGCGAUGAGGAGGAUUGGUGGACCCUGUCCACGGAUGGCUCGUCCGGCCCCAAAGGGUGUGGCGGAGGGGUAGUACUCGUAACCCAGGAAGGGUUCCGGGCCUACUAUGCCCUUCGCUUCCACUUCAAGCUGUCUAACAAUGAGGCUGAAUACGAGGCACUACUGGGUGGCCUCAGGCUGGCAUUGGGUAUGAGGGCCUCCAAAAUAAGGGUGCGGUGCGACUCCCGACUGGUGGUCGGACAGGUGAACGGUGAAUUCGAGGCCAACGAGGAGAGAAUGAGGAGAUACCGCGACGUGGUGCUACAGGUCCUCGGUCAAUUGACCCUCUACGAAAUUUUGCAGGUACCCCGAAGUCAAAACGGGGACACGGAUUUGCUCUCCAAGCUCGGCCUCGGCACCCCGGAGCAUGUCUCUAAGAUAGCACGGAUUGAAGACCUCCAGAGGUCCAGCCUGGAGGCCUACCCCGUCCUCCCCAUACAGACACGGUCCCCAUGCUGGUUGGACCACCUGAUCGAGUAUAAGAGAACGGGUACCCUACCAGCAGACGAGUUAGCCGCCAAGGCGGUCAAGAGGAGAUCACCAACAUACGUCCUCCUUGGGGACACCCUUUACAAAAGGUCCUAG